AUGCUGACCAGCUUUAUGGAAGGUCUUCUCUGCUGCCUGACCUCAAAGUCUGCCAACGUUGUGGUCCCUGUAGAAACCUCAGAACCUGCCGAUGGCUACGAGUUUGUGGAGGUGAAACCAGGCCGUGUCCUGCGGGUUCGACACAUCAUCCCUGACCGGCCAGUGGUGGAGGAACCCACUGCGCAGUGUGGGAGUGUCAGCUGCAAACGAAAGAUCACAGUAUAUCGUAAUGGACAGCUAUUCAUCGAGAACUUAGGCGACAGGGCGAGUGCAGAGCUGAAAAACUGCCAGAAUGGGGAGACAGAACCUAACAGCACCGUAGAGGUUGAACUUACAGACUGUGGUAACUCUUCACCACCCGUCCGCAUCCCUGAGGCAAGAUCAGACUCUAUCACAGCUGGAAACAAUGGGGCAUCUGAAACAGGAGCAGGAGGAGAGGCACCUGGUGCUGGACAGACUGACCAGGCCCAGCAACCCAGGAAACGCAGGCGGAAGCCCAAGCGCAUUGUGGUGAUUGACAGUGAGAGGAAGAUAUCAGCCUGUAAAGGGACGCAUCCAGAUGUGGUUCUGUUCUUCAUCCAUGGAGUGGGAGGCUCACUGGAUAUCUGGGGAAACCAGUUGGAAUACUUUUCUCGGCUGGGCUACGAAGUGAUUUCCCCGGACCUGGCAGGUCACGGAGCCAGCUCCGCACCACAGAUAGCUGCAGCGUACACUUUCUAUGCCCUGGCUGAGGAUAUGAGACUAAUCUUCAAGAGAUAUGCACGCAAGAGGAAUAUUCUCAUAGGACAUUCUUAUGGUGUGUCAUUCUGUACAUUCCUGGCCCAUGAAUAUCCAGAGCAGAUCCACAAAAUGGUGAUGAUCAACGGAGGUGGUCCCACAGCUUUGGAGCCCAGCCUCUGCUCCAUCUUCAACCUACCCACCUGUGUGCUUCACUGCCUCUCCCCGCUUUUAGCCUGGAGCUUUCUCAAGGCUGGCUUUGCUCGGCAGGGUGCCAAGGAGAAGCAGCUGCUGAAGGAGAACAAUGCCUUCAAUGUGUCGUCCUUUGUGCUACGUGCCAUGAUGAGCGGGCAGUACUGGCCUGAGGGGGAUGAAGUCUACCAUGCUGAGCUCACAGUGCCAAUCCUGCUGGUGCACGGCAUGCAUGACAAGUUUGUUCCGGUUGAAGAAGAUCAGCGCAUGGCAGAGAUCCUCCUGUUGAGCUUCCUUAAGGUCCUGGAGGAUGGCAGUCACAUGGUCAUGAUGGAGUGUCCAGAGGCUGUCAACACACUCCUGCAUGAGUUUUUCCUCUGGGAGCCCGCCACCCCUCCACCGCCAAAGAAAGACUCAAAAACACGUCCAGAGACUGCCAAAGCUCAAUCUGACAACACCAAGGCAUCCUCUGAGCCCGCCAAGGUCCGACCCGCAACUGCCAGGCAAACCUCAUCAAAUGGUGAUACAGGGGACAAGCCAGACAGCAAGGCCAAAAAGUGACUGAAGAUUAAAACUGACUCAGAUUAAAGCUGAAACUUCCAGCGGUUGUUACACUAAAUCAUGGCUGGCCAUACACUUUGUAUGUCCUGGGGAACUGAGCUGGUUGGAACUGUUGAACCUGAUGAUGAGCCAAAAGCCAAAAUUUAUCUGAAAUGAUCCAGCUAAAGGUUAAUUGGAAGUGGGACAAUA